UGGUGCAGUCUUUUGCCUUCAUAUCCCUUAGUCUUGAUUAUUCUCUACUUUAGAUGACCACUGAUUCUGGUUCCUGCAACUUCUGCUGUCUUUCUGAACCAUCUCAGCAGGCGUAAAGGACUUAAGGAUAUUUCAUCCAUGGCUAUGAGUCCUUAUCUGAGGUCUCCUGAGGGAAUUCUUAGAGAGAUCCAGAUCAACUUGCUGGAGUGUAAAGUGUGCUUUGAGAAGUUCAACACGCAACAGAGGGAGCGCAGACCGCAGAACCUCUCCUGUGGCCAUGUCCUCUGUAAAGAAUGCAUCACAGCCCUGUCACACCCUGUCCUGAGGAAGCUGGAGUGCCCGUUCUGCAGACAGCUGUGCAGCAUCGACAGCCCCUCCAACUGCCAGGUUCUCUCAGACCUACAGGAGCUGUUGUUAUCCAGGAGACCAUCUUCAAAGAGAGGUCUUGGCCUUGCAACAGGUCGGACAAAUCCAUCUCUGCACCUCGUGGCGGCUUUUGGUGGCUGGGGGGAACUUAUCAACCCCACUGGGAUUGCCGUUUUUGGAUCCUCGGGGACAAUAGUGGUGGUGCAUGAUGGGGAGAAGAGGGUGGUUGUGUUCAGCCCACAAGGGAAGAAGCUGCACACCUUUGGGCCAAGAGGACAAGCCAGUGGGGAGAUCUGUUACCCGGUGGAUGUGGCUGUGACUCCCUGUGGAUGUAUUGUGGUGACUGAUGCUGGAGACCAAGCUGUGAAGGUUUUUACUUCCAGGGGAAACCACGUGUUGACUGUCAAAGAGUCUUUCUUGAUGCCCUGGGGUGUGGACACAGAUAACUAUGGGCGCAUCCUGGUCACUGACACCCUGGCUGGCACAAUGUCCCAAGUAAAAAUGGACUACACUCAUGGACUCAUUCUGGAGCAUCAACAUGUUAUCUUCGACCUACAGAGUCCGAAAGCAGUGGCCUGCUGUAGGCUGACUGGGAACACAGCAGUGCUGGAGCAUUUACCUGAUGAGAAGUAUCCUCCAAAGAUCCACCAACACACAAGAUUAAGAGUGUAUUCAAAAGACUUCCAAAUCCUGUAUCAGACAGACACUUUCAGCCUUGCCCUAAAGUCCACAGUGAGGAUCAACAUGUCAGGCCUGGCCUUUGGCAGAGAUGGAGGAGUGAUUGUGGUUGACUCCAAUCAAGGGAUGAGUUGGAGUUUGGGAAAGGUGCACCAAAGCCCAGUCUUGACUCCUCUUACUGGAGGCCAACUUAUCAGACCAACUAGGCUGGUGUCACUGAAAAAUAAUUUGGUCAUUUUGGACAGUGAAGACCACACAGUGAAGAUUUAUUCUGCUCAGUCUGCUGAUUGGCCUAUCCCAUAGUUCAUGUAGAAUGGGCCCAGAAGUGGACAAGGUUCAUACUGUAGAGUGAUGGCAUCACUAAACUUUUGCCAUACUAUUUGUAAAAAAAAUUUAGAUGUGCAUUAAAAAUUAAAUACUUAUUUUUUCUCACACAUCCAUGACACUUACUCUAGAAUUGAUUAUUUCUUCAUUAAUAACCAACUCCUUCCCCAAGUUCAUUCUCGUGCUUAUCAGAGUAUCGUAAUUUCUGACCACACACCUAUUGUCAUGACAUUGUCCCUUUCUGGCCUUCCUCAGAGGAACAGGCAGUGGCGAUUCAACUCUGUUGUCAGAAGAUAACUUUGUCAAAUUCAUAGAAAAAGAAAUCACCUUUUUUCUCACUUCUAAUAUACCUAAUGACACCUCUAAUCUAAUGGUAUGGGAUGCCCUUAAGGCCUAUCUUCAAGGGCAGAUCAUAGCAUACACAGCUCAAAUGAAACGAGACUCUUACAGAGAGCAAUCAGACCUUGCAUAUCAAAUCAGAGAGACUGACACAGUAUGCUCAAACGAAGUCUUCGGAUCUCUAUAAAAAAACGAUUGGAACGUAAAACCAAAUUUGACUUGCUUGCCGCUCAUUCAAUUCAACAGUUGCUGUUAAAGAAUAUUACUAUAUUUUAAGUAUACUUAGACAAAUCUGACAAGUUAUUAGCUAAUCAGCUCAAAGGUGCUAAGGCCAAACAAAAUAUUCCUAAGAUUCGAUUGCCAAACAAUUUUUUUAUAUGGCCUUAACAUUCCCACACUUUCAUUAGAUUUUAGAAGGAGUCUAGAGGAACCUAUCACCCAAGCACUUGCAGUCAAGCAAGUCCUGGGGCCCGAUGGGUUUCUGGCGGAAUUUUUUAAGAAGUUUUCUGCACUGCUUUCAACUUUUUGUGUUCAGUUCUUUCAGAAUCCUGCAAAAUAGAUCCCCUUCCACCCUCAUUUAUGGAGGCCUGUAUAACUCUCAUUGCUAAAAAAGGUAAGACCCAGCUGAAUGUGCCUCCUACAGGCCUAUCUCCCUUUUAAACACAGAAAACGCAGAAAUCCUAGCCCAUCGACUAGAGAAUGCCCUCCCCACAAUCAUUUCCAAAGACCAAACUGGCUUUAUUAAAAAUAGGCAGUACUAUUUUAACAUAACACGACUGUUUGAUAUAAUUUACUCUGCCUCCAAAGCUGUACCUGAAUGCGUAAUCAGAACAUCUCUUCAAACCAUCCUCUCACAACUCUGCUUUUCAAGAAUGGCAUAAUAAGAGUAUUAUACACUUUAAAGAUUUAUACAUUGGUAAUACCAUGGCAUCAUUUGAACAGUUAAGUGAAAAAUUCAGUCUGUCUAAAUCAAACUUUUUUAGGUACCUUCACGCAAGACAUUUUGUCCUUGCUCAGUUGUCUGAGUCUCCAGCUCAAGCAGUCGUCCAUAGUUGAUACAGUCCUUUCUCUAAAUCCAUUGAAAAAAAAGACUAAUUUCAACUUUAUAUGCCAUGAUUCUAGACCUUAAGUGUGCCCCCACAGAUAAGCUGAGAGCAGCAUGGGAGGAGGAUCUAGGUCUGUCCCUGUCAGAAGAUACCUGGACUUCCAUACUCAAACUGGUUAACUCUACCUCUUUAUGUGCCUGUCAAUGCUUAAUUCAGUUCAAAGUGGUGCACAGAGCUCAUAUCUCGAAAGCAAAAUUGUCCUCUAUGUGCCCUGAGAUAGACCCAUUAUGUGUCAAAUGUAAAUCUGCUUAAGCUUCUCUUAUCCAUAUGUACUGGUCCUGUUCUAGUCUUAACAAAUACUGGAGAGACAUUUUUAAAACACUUUCUAAAAUAUUUAAUAUCAAACUAGACCCAAGUCCUUUGACUGCUUUUUUUGGGGUCACUGGCAGGGAGAUGCGACUAACUGCACAAAAGCGACACACUUCAUCCUUUGCUUCUCUGCUCACUCGGAGAGUGGUUCUGCUGAGGUGGAGGGACACUUUACUACCCACUCAUGCACAAUGGCUUGAGGACAUCAUGACUUGCUUAAAAUGAGAGAAAAUUAGAUAUUCACUCCAGCAUUCUAAUGGAAAAUAUGAGAAAACAUGGGGUUCAUUUUUGAAUGCAUUCCAGACUCUACAGUGGCUUGACCAAUAGGUGCUAUUUAACAUCUCCAACUGUAAACUACUGGAUUACUUUGGACAGGCUGUUGGUGUGACAGUGCUUUUAUGAUGUGUGUGUUGUGCUGGAAGUGAAUGGGCAGGGGUUGUUUUUUACUUUGUGUUUCUGUAAGAUUAUAGUUUUUUUUAAUGCUAAUAUCACUCUUAUACUUGUUGAAUUCAUGUUUAAUUGAGAUAUAGGUGUCAGCUGCUCUACUGUAAACUAAUGUCUUGUUUUUGUAACAAUCGUCCAGCACUGCACUUUUGUUAUACUAUGAAAAAUUACAAAAAAAAAAAAAGAAAAAUCUUGAGUAAAAAAAAAAAUUAAAUACUUUCUGCAGUCAGAGCAGGAGAUGUUCACCCCUCUGCAUCCAGAAUACAAAUAAAUUGUGCC